AUGAACAAGUGGGGUAAACGAUCACAUCGCUGCCGAUUGAUGAUUAUCAAGAAUGGAAACUCAUCAUAUAUACAAAGACAUCAUGGUCAACCAUAUUUAGCAUAUGUAAUCACUUCUACACAUCGACGUUUCAACUCUACCUACAAACAACUUACCAAUGCGUUACCAAGGUUUUUUAAUAUUAUUCGUAGACAAUCCGUCUCACAUAAUGAUUCACGAAUUAUGGGUCACGCCCAAGUAAACGUUUUAUCACUUAUUCUUACUCACAUUAGUGUAUGGGAUGAAAUCGGAUCGAAAUCUGAGAAUGAACUGGGCGAGAACGACUGGGUAUUUGUAUUUGAAGACGAUAUCGGUGUAGUUACGGCACCACUCGUCAAAUUUAUUUACAAAAGAAUACACGCAAGACGACGCUAUGCGAUUCCUACCAAUAUUGUAGCAAAAACUAUCGAAGAAGGACUCAAAUUGGCAAAAAACGAUGGAAUUCUAUAUCUUGGCACAUGUGGACCUGUGUUCAUGGACAAUGAUACCAAUAUUCAGAAUUCACGCAAUCGUCUGAUCCAAUUCCGGCGUGGUGUAUACUUUUGUACGCAUGCAAUAGCCUACACAAAAUGGCGUGCACGAAGAUUCUGGAGUGACUUAGCUACAUAUAGACUUUUUCACCGCGAAGUUGGUAGUGACACAAUAGCUCGAGAAUGGCAAAGACUUUCAAAAACGUAUCCAUUCAGUGCAGCGACAAAUAUACAUUGGCCACCAGAAACUGGUCACUACGGUUUAUUCUUCCAGGAUAGAGGAAAUCUUCCUUCCAUUAUACAAGGAUGGACUUGA